AUGGCAAACCAGAGGGCGACAUGGACAUGGGAUGAAGAGAGGAUCUUUGAGAGUGCUCUAUUAACCUAUGUAGAAGGAACACCUAAAAGAUGGAAAAAGAUUGCGAAGUUAAUUUCUGGAAAAUCAGCCAAGGAUGUUGAAGAACAUUAUCCCAUUUUGUUGGCCAAAAUAGAAGCCAUGGAAAGUAACAUUACUCAGUUGCAAACCAACACAAAUGAUGCUUCGUCUUCGCAGCGUAGAGAAGAGAAGGAAGUGGGCUCAGUUUGGGAUUUGGAUGAAUUGGUUUCAUGCUCGGAAAGGGCGACAUGGACAUGGGAUGAAGAGAGGAUCUUUGAGAGUGCUCUAUUAACCUAUGUAGAAGGAACACCUAAAAGAUGGAAAAAGAUUGCGAAGUUAAUUUCUGGAAAAUCAGCCAAGGAUGUUGAAGAACAUUAUCCCAUUUUGUUGGCCAAAAUAGAAGCCAUGGAAAGUAACAUUACUCAGUUGCAAACCAACACAAAUGAUGCUUCGUCUUCGCAGCGUAGAGAAGAGAAGGAAGUGGGCUCAGUUUGGGAUUUGGAUGAAUUGGUUUCAUGCUCGGAAAGGGCGACAUGGACAUGGGAUGAAGAGAGGAUCUUUGAGAGUGCUCUAUUAACCUAUGUAGAAGGAACACCUAAAAGAUGGAAAAAGAUUGCGAAGUUAAUUUCUGGAAAAUCAGCCAAGGAUGUUGAAGAACAUUAUCCCAUUUUGUUGGCCAAAAUAGAAGCCAUGGAAAGUAACAUUACUCAGUUGCAAACCAACACAAAUGAUGCUUCGUCUUCGCAGCGUAGAGAAGAGAAGGAAGUGGGCUCAGUUUGGGAUUUGGAUGAAUUGGUUUCAUGCUCGGAAAGGGCGACAUGGACAUGGGAUGAAGAGAGGAUCUUUGAGAGUGCUCUAUUAACCUAUGUAGAAGGAACACCUAAAAGAUGGAAAAAGAUUGCGAAGUUAAUUUCUGGAAAAUCAGCCAAGGAUGUUGAAGAACAUUAUCCCAUUUUGUUGGCCAAAAUAGAAGCCAUGGAAAGUAACAUUACUCAGUUGCAAACCAACACAAAUGAUGCUUCGUCUUCGCAGCGUAGAGAAGAGAAGGAAGUGGGCUCAGUUUGGGAUUUGGAUGAAUUGGUUUCAUGCUCGGAAGUAUAUCAUGCUUUAAAUAAAUAUAAUUAA